CGAAACACUUACUUUUACAUCACUAUUACCGAUUCCUGCCUAAGAUAACUUUGUAUCUGGCACUGUGCAGACAUGUAUUUAUAAAUUUAUGACUUUAGCACAUUUCCUGUGACUUGCUACUAUGGCCGCCGAAAACAUACUGGCUCGUGUUACAGACUUCUUGACUAAGGAAAAUGACAAGCGGCGCUGCAUGGCCGAUUCCAACGCAGUGAUGCUGGAUGAAUGCCAAGGCCUACUUGCGCAAACAACUCAGCGCGUUUACCAGCUUCGGAGUCGUGACGUUGUAGUUGCAGACUCAGAGGGAGGCAGUCGCAAGAAGCCUGCGAAGAAGAACGAUCCUCCUUCAGUCCCUGCACCUGAGCAAGAAUGCAAGGACGCCGCGCAGUCGCCUCGCCAAGAUGGGGCUGGGCCCAGCUCAGUACAAGCGGGUUCUAUCCCAGCGGACGCAGGAGGGCAAGCGCAGCGCGUUGAGGAGGAGCAAGACCAGAAAGAGGCGGGUCCCAGCGCGAUGCAGCCACCCGGAGUAGGCCAGAAGCGUGGUCGUCAGACAACUCGUUCUGCAGCCACGUCAAAGCGAGCCAAGGCCAAGCCGACAAAGCCCGCCGAAGAGGCUCCUCCAGCUGCUCCUCCUGUCGCUGCCCCUACUGUCGCUGCCCCUCCUUCUCCCGCCCCUCCUCCCCAUCCCCUUCCUUCCUCUGCUCCUCCGCCUGCUGCAGUUCCUGGUCCUCCUGUUCAGCCUGUGGGCGGCGUGGUGCCGAUAGAGGAGGGCACGCAAGCUAACAAGCUGCCCUCCAACAGUGCUGGUGCAGGAGGCGCUGUAGCCGACGACCGCCAUGACGACCCGGCAGGACAAGCCGUUGCACCGGAAGCCCCUGCACUAGAAGAGGAUAAAGCUGUUGUCGAUAUCCCACCCAAAGCACGUGCCCGGUCCCGACGGCAGCAGCAGGAGCCGAGAGGAAAUGCGGCCGAGGCUGACGAUGGUGCGGCAGGAACAUCAGCGCCAGCAGCACCGGCCUUCUCGCCUCGCGUCACGCGGUCGCGACGGGGCGGCGCUGGCGCAGCCCCGCCACCCCCCGCCCCAGCUCCCACAGCUGCCGCAGCUGCAAAGCCUGCCCGUAACAAGGGUGGGAAGCAGAAGCGCGAUAUGAAGGAGGCACAGCUCGGUUCUCCGGGCCUACAUCCGAAGACCAAGCUUGCCACGGACGCCAACGUCUCCAGUCAACAUGCGUCACCCGCUGGCGACGCCGGACCUAGUGCCGGAGCAGCAUCGGGUCUGAAGCGUCUGCCGGCGCUGCUGCCGUUGCUGCCAUCACCCCAGUUCCCUCCGGAGGAUCAGCAACGCGAACAAGAGCACCCACAGCAAGAGCCGCAGCAGCGACAACAUCAGGAGGACAACGGGCAGCAAGAGCAGCAGGAGCGUGAGCAGCUGCCCCAGCAGCAACGCGAGGAGCGAGAGCAGCAGCCGGAGGAUGAGCGAGAGCUGGCGGAGGAACAGAAGCAGCAGCCUGAGCAAGAACAGCAACAGGAUGAGGUGCAGGAGCAGCAGGAGCACGAGCAGCAGCAACAGCGCGAGGUGAAACAAGAGGUGUGCGAGGAGCGACUGCGCUCGUCGGGGCAACCACAGCAGCAGCAAAACCCACAGCAUCAACACCAACAACCGCAGCAGGAAAAAAGCGCUGUCGCCAGGACCCAGAUCGGGAACCUUCCCAGCGCAGUCAAGGCCGCAGUUGCCCUCUUCGAAAGCGCAAAGACAGGAACUCGUUCGGCUUCUGUUGCUGGCGGCGCUGCAAAGUCGGCCGCCCGUCCCAAGCCAGCAGCAGGUGGCGAGCCAUCAACGUCGCACGUCAAUGAUGCCCAUGGCUCCGGCAGCGCUGAGGCGGCCGCUCCUGCAGUAAACAUUGCAAGCGAGCCGAUUCAGGAGGAAGAAGCAGAAGGCGAGGGCGGCUUCUGCUUCGGCACACAGCUGACGGAACACUCCUCGCCUGACAUUCCCCACUUCCGCCAGGCAGCCGAACAUGAUGCCACAGAGCCUGACGGCAAGGCGGGUGCUAGCGAUGUGGUACGCAUCUCACUGGCGGCGGCAUCCGGCGCAGCGGCGGUUGCCGAUGAUGCGCCUAACCCAGAUGAGUUAGGGCCGCACGCGAUGGAACUCCAGCAGCCAAAGUCCGAUAAGGAGGUGGCGCUGUGUGGUAGCCCAGUAGAAGCACCCGUUGCCGCGGCGGAUGACGCUGUAGGUAACGCGGAUGACGCUGUAGAAGAGUCACCUGUCGAGGCAGAGGAGGAUGAAGCUGCAGCAGGUGGAGACGGCAUCGAUGCGGUGGCUGCCGCUCAUGCAGAGCCGCGCAACCGCUCGCUAUCUCUCUCCUUGGCGGUGCGAUCACCUAGUGCCGCAGGGUUGGCCUGCUCCCCGGUGCUCCUAGAGCGGCCAGAGGAUGACGGCCACCCCGCGGCGGAGGCAAGGGAUGUGGAGGCCCUGGAGGAAGCUCCUAUGCGUGACGAAGAGGCCAUGCAACAGUCUUCGGAGCACCAAGACGAGGCUGCAAUAGGAGGCGACGGUGAUGAGGGCCCCGUCACGCACCAUGACGGCGGCGAAGACCAGGGGCCCACAUCAAGCAAAGCCGCCAGCCCGUGCAGCCUGGCUGCCGGCAUCGACCCGAUAGAGGAGGCGGACGAUGAGGGCUCUGCAGACGAGGCCAACGAAGAUGACAGCGGCGAGGGCUGUGCUGACGAGGCCCCUGUAGCUGAUGCCGACGACGAGGGCUGUGCUGACGAGCCCGACGACGAGGCCCCUGUAGUUGAUGCCGACGGCGAGGGAUCGGCAGACGAGGCUGACGAAGAAGCCGCUGUAGCUGAUGCCGACGGCGAGGGCUGUGCUGGCGAGGCUGACGAAGAGGGUCCCGUUGAGGACGCAGGAGGAAGCACUGCUGAUGAGGGCAACACGGCAGCCGCUAGUGCAGCUGCACGUAAGCCCUCGGCGGCAGCUGCACAGCCCGUGGCGGCAACUGCUGUGGCGCGCCAGCCCGCAGUCUCACCCCUCAAGCCGGAUGGAGCUGCACCCCGGCCAUUGGAGGCAGGUCAGCCCAGCAAGCCCAAGGGCGGCAACCUGAUAUCCUGUGUGCGCAGCUUCUUGCCAACGCGUACAGCGCCGUCGCCUCCGCCUGCCGCUGGAAGGGCUGUUGUCGAGGUCAAGGCGCUGAGGGCUGCGCAGAAAGCUGCUCAGGCUGCAAAGGAGAAGGAGGCGGCGCGCGCUGCUGAACGCGCCCAGCGUGCCGAGCGGCAGCGACAUGGCCAGCCAGAUGUUGCCAACAACGCGCAGCCCGGCACGGCACGGCAGGCGCCUGUGGCGCAUCAAGGUGCCGCUGCCGCGCGGCCUACGCCGGCCCCUUCGGCCAGCCAGCACGACGUGGCGACGGCGUCAGCAUGUACGGCCGGCAUGGGCGCAGCACCCUUAAUAACGAAAUCGACAGCUGUAGACGAGCAUUGCAACGGGACGACUGCGACCAGCACGGCAACAGCCACGUCCAUGAGCGUCAGGGACAAGUUGGCCUUUUUCCAAGCAAGAGAGGAGCUCGCCAAGCGUUCGGCGGCCGAGUUGGGUGCGGGUCGUAAGCCGGCGACGACGGCUGCUGCAGCGUCGCAAGGUGCCGCCCCAAGCUAUAAGGCUGGCGCCGCUGCCAGAGCCACCCACGCUGCUGGCGGAGAGGACAAUGCCGCAGCCACCGCAUCUGCGGCGGCGCCCAUUGCUGCCGGAGCGGCGGCGCCUAGCGCCUCGACGGCAACAUCGUUUGUGCCUGUCGCAUCUCCACGGCCCAUGGGUCGUCCGCCCGCUGCGGCUGGUGAAACCGCCGCUGACAAACACAAGCGUGUUGAGGCGAGGCGCAAGGAGGAGGAGGAGCGGAGGCGUGCCGAGUUGGAAGCGCGCAACAAGGCUAAAGACGACAAGAUGCGCAACUUUGAAGCUGCUAAACAGCAGCGCCUUGGCGCCGGAGUCGGUGCGGGUGCGGCUCGGCCACCCGCACCGCCUGCGGCUGGCAACCCGGUUGCUGCGGGCAAGCGGCCGGCACCCAACGCUGGUGGGGCAGGGCCCUAUGGUGUCACCAUCAAGCCGGAGCCGGAGAACAACAGGACAGGUCCCACCGGCCCAAGCGUUGCCAAGACACCUGCGCCGAAGGCUGGCUUUGGCACGGCGAAGACACCCGCAACGAAGGCUGCUCCAUUGGCGUCCAGCAUGGUGUCGCCUGCAGUGCAGAUGCAGGUCAAGCUCCUGCCUGCGGUGCACGCAAAGGGUGGCGCAGCUGCCGGGCAAGUGAAGCCACAGGCGGGAACCUCAGUCGGCGUCAACCUGCCGGCGGCUACCAACGCCACUGCGCAGGGCGGCAAGCAGCUGCGGCAGGCGGCAGGCGCCGCCGCUGGUAGCUCCCAGCAAGCUCCGGGUAUUGAAAACAGCACGCCUGGUGGCGCGGACCUGACGGAGGAGGAGCGUCGCCACGUGCAUGCCAUCCAGACGUCGCCGUACAUUGCGCAGGUCAAGCCACGGACGCCAGGGGUGACGACCGCUACCAAGCCGCAGUUUAACAGCUACGAGAUUUCGCCUUACAAGUCCGACUCUGAUGCCGGUGACUCGGACGAUGAGGAUUCACCACGCCCUCGGAAGCCCCUGCCCGAGUGGGCUGCACCGGACAAGGUCC